UUCCGCCUCUCAGUUCCUCCUCCAGCGCCAAAACUUUUCAACAGGGCUUGCAAACCAAGUUUGCAAGGAAAAUCCAGCCUUUUUUGCAGCUCCGUGCCAGGUUUGCACAGAAAACAAAACACCGAACCCAAAAAACCCAGAGGAAGAAGAUGGCGGGCUGGUGACAUCUCCUCUUUCUCAAAAGUUUCGGUGAAGAUCCGAGUAAGAGGUGGUGGACAAAAUCUCACUGGGAAAAGGUUGAUGGCCUGCUGGCAUGGUGGAGAACCUCCCUCUGCUGCCACGCUUCCACCCCUCCCGGCCCCAAGAUGCUCUUCCAACUGGGGCGUUGGCCUCGCCAGACCAUUCGCCAAGACGGCGGAGGGCUGUAUGGGAUCUCCGACCAUGGAGGGCAUCUUCAGGGUCUUAGCCACGAUCCCGGCAGACAGGCUGGUCCAGUACAAGCACAAGCUGAGCUGCAGGCGGCAAGGCGGGAAGAGCUGCAGGCUCCUACAGGCCAUGAUCCUCUUGACCCUGGGCAGAGAGACGGAGGCCAGACUGAGCCUGGAAGCUUUGGAGAAUUGUGCUGCCGUGGCAGACAUCUACAAGAGCCACCAGUGGGGCGCUGCAGCAAGCAGGGCCGAUCCAGCCCCCUCAAACCAGGAUGCAGAAGUGGCGCUGGCUGUGGCCCGCAUCUAUUCGUUGUUAGUGGAGGAAAAUCUCUGUGGGCCCCUGGCCAGAGACGAGGCCUACCGUAUCGCCAUCAAGGCUUUCCUCGAGAGCGAUGUCCCAAGGUCUACUUUCGAGAGCCUCUUGAGCGAAGCUGGGCAUAAGUGCGGGCUGGAUUUCGUGGCUGCGGCGGCGGCAAGCAACAGCUCCAGCGCUCCGAGAUGCGAUGUGGGGAAGCCUCCCUCUGGAGCGGCAAAGAGCUCGCCGGUGCCGGUUUCGAGUUCCUGGGCUCCCUCCGAAAUCCAGCCUCUGUGCUCCACGGGCAGCCCUAUUUCGCAGCUCAGCCACCUGGAGAUCAGCCAGUCUCCAACGUUGCCGUUCCUCACCCAUUCCGUUCAGCAUGGUGUCCCCGAGCCCAGCAAGCUGUGCGGAAGUGGCCCCAACUCCCUGGUGCAGCCUGGAGAAGGGGCAGCUGCUGCCCAGUCUCCAGCCAAUUCUUGCUCUGGGAGACCAGCGGAGCCCGCCGUGCAAGACCAAGAGAAAACCAGGCAAACCAGCGAUUCCAGAGGCAACCAUAAAAUUGCGCAGCCGCUGGAAGAUGGAGAAAACAGGGAACCCCGAAGUCUGGUGGCCUCAGAACCGCAGGGUCGUGCAGGAUGUUCGCUCCAUAACUCACAAGCGCUAUCCACACCUCUGCCUGGUUUAGCACCUUCUACAUCGUUUGUUCCAAGAACCGUGGAAGAUUCGUCUUCCCCGAAGCAGAGCUCGGAGACUGGGUCCUCUUCAAGUUCUGGCCCUCCUCCUCCUCCUCGUUCAUCAGGAACCCCCUCGACAGAUCUGCCGGCUGAGGAGCAACCCUUCUUCACUUUCGUUGUGGUCCAUGCCCCUGAAGACGAGACAGUCGCCUGCCGGGUGAGGGAGCGGCUGGAGGCCCUGGGCAUUGCCGACGGGGCGACGGUCAGCGAGGACUUCUUAGUCCCUGGGCACUGCCAGCUCAGCUGCUUCCAGGAUGCCCUGGAUAACUCGGCCUUCACCCUCCUCCUCAUGACGGAGAACUUCAAGAGCCGCUUCUGCGCCUUCCAGGCAAACGUGGCCUUGAUGGACUCCUUCCAGCGCUUCUGCAAGAACAACUCGGUGGUGCCCUUCAUUGCCAAAGAGAGCCCCAUGAAGAGGCAAGAGAUGCCUUGCCUGCUCGCGGCGAUCGUGCCGCUGGAUGAGACCUCGCCCGUCUUCGCCAGGCGGGUCAAGAAAACGUUCUCCCCAGCGGUGAUCCGGGAGAAGAGGGCCCUGUGGAAUAUCUCAAGGCAGAUCCGGAACCAGGAGCGCUUGCGGGAGCAGCAGAGCGAUUACAGGCACGCCCUGCAGCGCCUGUCUGCCCUCAGGGUCAGCUCGCAAACUCCGAUGCCCUUGCAGAGGGGCUUUCUGGGGCUCCAAGCCCCACCUGACCAGGGCUCACAGCCAUUUUUCUACUCUGAAAUGCCUCAACCUCAGCUGGGGCCUGAUCAACUCUCCCUUCCUUAUGUGUUCUCCCGGGGACCCCCGGGGCUCAUGUCUGGGGCGCCUCCGUCGCACCUCAUAAUCCAGAAUGCCCAAAUGGUCCAGAUCGGAGACUACAACCAGAUGCAGGUGGAUAAGGCAGGUGCGGCAGCAUUCAGCGCAGAAGAAGAAGAAGAAGGUGGUUUGGACGGGAGA